AUGAUAUUAUUACCUAAAAAAUUUUUAAGUACUUCUGUUGUCAUGAACAAUCUUCUUAAUGGAAAUUUGUGGGAUACAGACCCAGAAUUAUUUAAUAUUAUAAAAAAAGAAAAACAGAGGCAGCACCAUGGUUUGGAAAUGAUUGCUUCAGAGAACUUUACAUCUAUUCCAGUUCUGCAAUGUUUAAGCUCAUGUUUACAUAAUAAGUAUUCAGAGGGAAUGCCACAUCAAAGAUACUAUGGGGGUAAUGAAUUUAUUGAUGAGAUAGAAAUAUUGGCACAAAAAAGAUCAUUAGAAGCAUACAGGGUCAGUAGUGAUGACUGGGGAGUAAACGUUCAGCCAUACUCAGGCUCUCCUGCUAAUUUUGCUGUUUAUACUGCUGUGGUCGAGCCACAUGGAAGAAUAAUGGGCCUUGACCUGCCUGAUGGAGGUCAUCUUACCCAUGGCUUCUUUACUGCAACAAAGAAAAUUUCAGCCACAUCCAUCUUCUUUGAAAGCAUGCCUUACAAAGUUGAUCCAAAAACUGGCUUAAUAGACUAUGACAAGUUGGCGGAAACUGCAAGAUUAUUUAAACCAAAGCUAAUUAUUGCUGGUAUCAGCUGCUACUCACGUUGUUUGGAUUAUAAGCGAUUCCGAGAAAUAGCUAAUGAAAAUGGAUCUUAUUUAAUGGCUGACAUGUCGCAUGUAUCAGGUCUAGUUGCAGCAGGAGUCAUCCCAAGUCCGUUUGAGUAUUGUGACAUAGUUACAACCACAACACACAAGACGCUUAGGGGUCCUCGGGCGGGUGUGAUAUUCUUCCGCAAAGGGGUGCGCUCAACAAAUGCUAAAGGGGAAAAUAUUAUGUAUGACUUUGAAAACAAAAUCAAUCAGGCUGUAUUUCCUGGUCUUCAAGGUGGACCACAUAAUCAUGCCAUUGCAGCAAUUGCCACAGCAAUGAAACAAGCCACAUCCCCGGAAUUUAUUGAAUAUCAAAAACAAGUCAUAAAGAACGCCAAACGUUUGUGCGAAGGUUUAAUGUCCCGUGGCUACAGUAUCGCAACUGGUGGCACAGAUGUCCAUUUGGCCUUAGUAGAUAUGAGAGGCGUAGGCCUCACUGGAGCUCGCGCUGAACGCAUCUUAGAACUUUGCAGUAUUGCUUGCAACAAGAACACGGUGCCUGGUGACAAAAGUGCUCUUAACCCUAGUGGUAUCCGGCUUGGUACACCCGCGUUAACAACACGAGGCAUGAAAGAAACCGACAUUGAUAGAGUUGUUGACUUUAUCGAUAAGGCCUUAAAACUUGCUCAGGAGAUCACAAAAAUUUCCGGACCAAAAUUAGUUGACUUUAACAAAGUGAUAGAAGAAAAUACUGAGAUUAGUAACAAAGUUGCCAAUCUCAAAGAUGAAAUUGAAACCUACAGUGCGUCUUUUCCACUACCUGGUUACGUAGAAUAC